AUGUGUGGCAUUUUUGCGUGCUAUCGGCAUCCCGAUGUCCAGAAGUUCAAGCCCACGGCGCUGAAGAUGGGGAAGGCUGUGCGGCACCGUGGACCGGAUUGGAGCGGAAACUGGAUUGCCAACGAUACGAUUCUUGUUCACGAGCGACUGAGCAUCGUCGGUGUUGACAGCGGCGCACAACCUCUCGUUAGCAAAGAUGAGACCAUCUCGCUCGCGGUCAAUGGCGAGAUCUACAACCACCGAGUCCUCCGGAAACAACUGGCCAAGCCAUACGAAUUCAAGACCCACUCGGAUUGCGAGGUCAUAAUCCCACUGUACCUCGAGCACGGCAUCGACGCCCCCAAGUUCCUCGACGGCAUGUUCUCCUGGGUCCUCCACGACAAGACCGCCAACCGCGUCAUCGCCGCCCGCGACCCCAUCGGCAUCACCACAUUCUACAUGGGCCGCUCAAGUACGACCCCGGGCGCCGUCUACUUCGCCUCGGAGCUGAAAUGCCUGCACCCCGUCUGCGACCACAUCGUCGCCUUCCCGCCGGGCCAUGUCUAUGACUCCAACACCGACGAGCUGACGCGCUACUUCACGCCCAAGUGGCUGAUGGAGCCGACGAGCACGCCUACGACGCCGCUGGACUACGAUCUGCUGCGGACGACGUUUGAGAGGUCUGUGCGAAAGCGGUUGAUGGCGGAGGUGCCGUUUGGCGUGCUCUUGUCCGGUGGGCUGGACUCGAGCCUGGUGGCGUCGAUUGCGCAGCGCGAGGUGAAGCGACUCAACGCGGAGGCGAAGUCACGGACCAACGGCGCCGCCAACGGCGUGGGCGGCGACCAUCUAGUCGGGAUCGACGACGGCGACCACCUGUCCACCGUCCAAGUGCUCCCGGAGCUGAACUCCUUCUCCAUCGGGCUGCCGGACGCGCCCGACAGCAAGGCCGCGCAGGAAGUGGCGGAUUUCCUCGGCACGAAACACCAUAACCUCACCUUCACGAUCGAGGAUGGGCUCAACGCGCUGUCUGACGUGAUCUACCAUCUGGAGACGUACGACGUGACGACCAUCCGCGCGUCGACGCCGAUGUUCUUGCUCAGCCGCAAGAUCAAGGCGCUGGGGGUCAAGAUGGUGUUGUCUGGAGAGGGCUCGGAUGAGAUUUUUGGGGGGUACCUUUAUUUCCAUGCCGCGCCGGACAAGAAGGCAUUCCAUGAGGAGUGUGUUCGACGGGUCAAGAACCUACAUCUUGCCGAUUGCUUAAGAGCGAACAAGAGCACGAGCGCAUGGGGAGUCGAAGCGCGCGUUCCCUUCUUAGACAAGCAGUUCCUCGAAGUCGCCAUGAACGUCGACCCCGCCGAAAAGAUGAUCACCAAAGACCGCAUCGAGAAAUACAUCAUCCGCAAAGCCUUCGACACGUCCGACAAGCCCGACGCCGAGCCCUACCUCCCAGACAAGAUCCUCUGGCGGCAGAAGGAGCAGUUCAGCGACGGGGUCGGAUACGGAUGGAUCGAUGCACUCAAAGACACGGCGGAGAAGAUGGUGAGCGACGAGGAGCUGGCGAACCCGAAGAAGGAGUGGGGCGACGACGUGCCAGAUACGAAGGAGGCGUAUUGGUAUCGGUGUAUGUUCGAUGAGCAUUUCCCGCCGUAUUGCGCGGAGACGGUGAUGCGGUGGACGCCGACGUGGAGUAAGCAGUCAGAUCCGAGUGGACGGGCGAUUGAAAUCCAUCAAGACAAGUACGAGGAUGCAUAA